GAAGGGCCAAGAUGGCGGCGCCCUGUGGCUUAGAAGAGCCCUGAGUGGUAAACAGCUGAGGGGAGGAGAAGGAAGGUUUAGUGAUCAUGAAAGAGCACAGGUUGAUGACAGUGGAGAGAGAGAGUCUACUGGCCAACUCAACAGUUUGGCAGGAGCACCAAUGAAGAACCAGUUGAGGUCUUGCCCUUCACGAUCACAGUAGCAUGUACAAAAGCACAUAGCACAAAGCAGGAUGGCUCAGCCGGCAAAUGUUGGUGAUCUUCUUGCCAUGCUUGAUUCUCCUGUUCUGGUUGUCCUGGAAGAUAUAACAGCUGCAUUUAAAGAGAACCUCAGUUCAGAUCGUGGGCCCAUGCUUGUAAAUACUUUGGUGGAUUUCUACUUAGAAACUGGUUCCCAGCAAGCAUUGCACAUCCUGUCCACACUUCAAGAGCCACAUGACAAGCACCUUUUGGAUAAAAUCAACGAAUACAUGAGUAAGCCUCUUACCCGUCUCCCUACUCUCUCGCUACUGGGUCACGUGAUAAGACAGCAGCCAUCUUGGAAACAUAAACUUUCUCAAGCACCCCUCUUGCUUUCUUUGCUCAAGUGUCUCAAGACUGACACCGAUGUAGUGGUACUCAUCACAGGUGUGCUAGUGUUGAUAACGAUGCUACCAAUGAUCCCCCAAUCUGGCAAACAGUACCUUCAUGACUUCUUUGGCAUCUUUGGCCGUCUUUCAUCCUGGUGCCUGAAGAACCCAGGUCACGUGGCAGAGAUCUACCUAGUUCACCUCCAUGCCAGUGUGUAUUCCCUCUUUCAUCGCCUUUACGGAAUGUACCCUUGCAACUUCGUUUCAUUUCUACGCUCUCACUAUAGUAUGAAGGAAAACUUGGAGACCUUUGAAGAGGUAGUCAAGCCAAUGAUGGAACAUGUGCGCAUCCAUCCAGAGCUGGUGACUGGAUCCAAGGAUCAUGAACUGGACCCUCGAAGAUGGAAGAGACUAGAAACCCACGACGUUGUGAUAGAGUGUGCCAAAAUCUCCCUGGACCCAGCGGAAGCAUCCUAUGAAGAUGGCUACUGUUCAGUCCCCCAGCAGUCAUGCGCUCACCGCCCAGCAGACCCUGAUGGCAGCCCUUAUGUUGCUUUGCACAGUAGCUUUGGCACAACAACUUCUACCCCUUAUUCUGGCUCUCGGCUAACGCUCUCAAACAUAUCAGGGCAGCUACCUCAGAUUUUGAACCCUCAGUCCUCAUGUCUGUCAACUGAGCCUCUGCAGGUUAAUUUCUGGAGCCCCUCUGCUGUCUGUGGCAUGACCACUCCCCCCACUUCCCCUGGAGUCGCUUUGGAGCCUUCACAAGCCUUGUCCCAGCCUCACAAGUUCUUCAGUGCAUCUGCAGUUGGGAAAGGAACACCCUCAGGAACGCCUGCCACCUCUCCCCCUCCGUUGUGCAUUUCAGAGGAAUUUGCUCAUGCUUCAGUUCCUUCAGCUGCUGCUGCACUUGCCAAGAAGGAGGACAGACUGGAUCAUGGGAGGCCUUCCUUAUCCCGGCAGCAAAACAUUGUCCUAAACAGCAUGAAGGCAUUAGACUCCCAUGGCAGUAAAAGUUCUGUAACUUUAAGUGAUCUUCCUGCCUUCUUAGGUGACUUGGCAGCCUCUUUUGAAGACAGUGUCGAGAAGGACAAAGAAGAAGAUGCCAUAUCAAAAGAGAUCUCUGAGAUUACUACAGCAGAUGCAGAGCCUGUGGGGCCUCGGGGAGGGUUUGAUUCUCCUUUUUAUCAUGUGAAUGAGAGUCUUUCUAGCUCCCAGAAGAAAUCCCAGUCUGCAGCCUCGAAUGCACAGGGGCAGAUCCUGAAUUCUGAUCCCAUAACAUCUUGUCUGGACCAAUCUGGGGUCGAGAAUGCAAGGGAAACACCUAGGCAAGCCUUCACUCCCAUAGAGCGGCCGUGUCGAGACUCUGAAGAUAAUCCUGCUAGUAACAGGGAAAGCCAGGCCUCUGCAGAGACGAGUAUUUUCACCCCCAGCCCUUACAAGAUUCCGGUGCGCAGGAGGCCGGGGUUGGGGAGUGAGCAGCCGACUCAUUACGAGCACCUGUUUGAGGUGGCUUUGCCAAAGACUGCCUGUCUCUUUGUCAGUAAAACGACAGAGCUGCUGAAGAAAGCCAAGGGAGGCCAAGAUGAAGAAGGGUGUUCCUCCGCCUCCCCCAUGGAAGUUCUUGACAGGCUCAUACAGCACGGAGCAGAUGCCCACAGCAAAGAGCUUAACAAAUUACCCUUGCCAAGCAAAUCAGCUGACUGGACUCACUUUGGAGGUUCCCCCCCUUCAGACGAGAUCCACACUCUCCGGAACCAGCUGCUCUUGCUCCACAAUCAGCUGUUGUAUGAGCGCUUCAAAAGACAGCAGCAUGCGCUCCGGAACCGGCGGCUCCUACGGAAGGUGAUCAAAGCAGCAGCCCUGGAGGAACACAACGCAGCUAUGAAAGACCAGCUGAGGCUCCAGGAGAAGGACAUCCAGGCCUUGAAGGUUAGCCUGCAGAAGGAGCAGGGCAGGUACCGACAGUUUCAAGAAGAGCACGAUGGCGUUGUGGCUCGGCUCCACAGCCAGAUUCGCCAGUUGCAGCAUGAUCGGGAGGAGUUUUACAACCAGAGCCAAGAGUUGCAGACCAAGCUGGAGGACUGCUGCACCGUGAUUGCUGACCUACGGUUAGAGUUGAAGAAGGCCAACAACAAGGUGUGCCACACAGAACUCCUGCUGAGUCAGGUGUCUCAGAAGCUUUCUAACAGUGAGUCAGUCCAACAGCAGAUGGAGUUCUUGAACAGGCAACUUCUGGUCCUUGGGGAGGUCAAUGAGUUGUACUUGGAGCAGCUACAGCACAAACAUGCUGACACGACAAAGGAAGUAGAAAUCAUGCAGGUGGCCUUUCGGAAAGAUCUAGAAAAAGCGAAAUGUUACGUUCAGCAGCAAAGCCAGCAACUGGAAGCUUCUCAAAAACGGAUAGUUGAACUGGAAUCUCAGCUGACCAAGAGAGAUCAUCUCUUGCUGGAGCAGAAGAAAUACUUGGAAGAUGUUAAAAUUCAAGCCAGAGGCCAACUCCAAGCAGUGGAAAGUCGGUACAAAGUGCAGAAAAGGAUCACACAAGCAUUUGAGUUGGAAAUCUUAGAUCUGUAUGGCCGCCUGGAGAAUGACAAGUUACCCAAAAAUCUUGAAGAUGUCAAAAUGGGACCUCCUGAAAUAGCAGAAGAAAGGCUAGCGGAAAGUAGUGCAGACUCCAUCGCAGGACGCAGUGAAGAAAAGCUCAGCAGGAACGGUGAGACCAAACUUCCCGGUGCUCGGGGGAGCAGCAGCAGCAGCAGCAGCAGAGGCAGCAGCGAGGUCUCCACCCCCGAAAAGCCCUCCAGCCAGAGAGCUGGGCCGCUCAGCCGCUGGGAGGCAUCUGGGCUGUUGGGCUCCUCCCCUGGAGGUGGCCCGCUAAUGGUGGGCUCCCUCCCAAGCUCCGAGAGUUUCCUUGGGAUGAAGGUGCGGGAGCUAUUCCGCAACAAGAGCGAGAGCCAAUGUGACGAGGACGGCGUGACCAUCAGUAGCCUUUGUGACACUGUAAAGGCAGAGCUGUGUAAGGACCCCAGCAUGGAGGCCAAGGCUCCCCCCAGCGCAGAGGACCCCGGCCCUUCCCCCCGGCACCAGGAGAGCAGUGUUGGACAGCUUCAUAUAAUGGACUACAACGAAUCCCAUCAUGACCACAGCUAAAAAGGAAAGAGAAUCCAAAAUCAGUGUUAUUCUUCAUAUUCUUGGCGUAGAGCAGGGAGGCGUGAAUGCACCUUUUAACUAAAAGCUUUCAUAUCUUGUUGGUCUAGAGCCACGGGCUCAUGCUGCAGAAACUGGACCUGUGUUUGUGGACUUGGCUGAAUGAAUGUGAACUGGAUUUCAGAUCUGGAAGUGUCUAAGAGCUCAGUCUGACACCCCCCCCCCCAAUGCCCCCAUUUACACUUGCCAGUCCUCCUUCAGAACAUAUUAAUGUUGACAGGAAUUUCUGAGUCUUUGUCCUUGUCUCUUCCCUCCACCUUUUUCUUUGAACUGGCUGCAUCCAGUUAACUUGCAUUGAGUACGAGGCUGCUGUUUCCUCCUGAGAAAUGCUAUUGGGUGCUUAGCUGAGGAACAGUACACGGGUCCAUGCCUGAGCAGAGCAGUUGAAAGUGCUUCCCCAUGCUGGUUGCCAGGGUUAAUUUUCUUCUAGAAAGGAGGAAAUCCUAAUUUUGACAACUCUUAUUUUACUUUUGUAUUCCUGUUACCCCCCCCCCAGUGGCUUGACUGCUGUAGUGAUUAAAUAUUGUAAAGGGUGCCCAUAGGCAUUUAAUAUCACAUUCUUUCCCACCCACCCCCACUGCUCAUCUUUCUGUGUUGUCCUUAAACAUUUCUAUAUAAUGAACAAAGACUUUUGCAGUCACUUCUUCGAGAAACUGGAACUUCUUAUGCAGAGACCCCGUGUUGGAUUUGUGGUCUCAUUGCAACACUAUCUUUCUUCCCCAGUCUCUUAAGUUCUUAUUAUUUGCUUGAUAAGCUGGUACUGAGCUGACCUCAUUUUUUGUCGUGUCAGUUGGAGCAUGUCGAGAUCUCUGAAAACUUGGAACUCCCUGAGAGUUUUUAGGAAAGCUAGAGUGGAAAUGCCUGGGGAGCUUUCAUGUGUGGUGUUUGUGUGUGUGUGUGUGUGUGUGUGUGAGAAAGGAUAGCUCUUUGCUGCCAACUCCUUCAGUCUUUGCUUCCCACCAAGAGGCUAUUCCAUUCCUCUCUAGUGGUUGCACCUCAGUCUUUCCUUCUUCUCUGAAGCAUCUGACCUUGCAGGAAGGAGAAGAAGAGAGCUGGGAUAGUCUCCUGUCUGGCAUUUUUGUCCCUAAAGGAGUAGUAGUUGGUAGAAUGCAGCUGACUGAAGAGACACUGGGGUUCAAAAAGGAUCUAGAACUGGGCAUGUAGAUGCCUUUCCGAAGCUCCCAAAUGGGGGUUAUUUCCCCCCAUUUCACAUAAAUGUGUUGCACCUUCCACCCCAGUGGAAAAGUGUUAAAUGUUGGAAUCUGUGGGUAGUUUGUGACUUCCUAGCAGUCUGUGAGUCUUUCCUAAAUCCCACAAUGGAGCCUUCUGUCUUUCAGAUGCCCAAGUAUUUUUUUCCGAGAACUUCCCAGCAAAAGCAAUCCUAAUUGAAGAGGAAGCCGCUACAAUUUUCCUGCGCACAAAGACAUUGGCCUUGCACCUUCAUGGUGGUCCUUUGUACAUUUCUAAAUAGUCUGUAAUGUGGCCCAUUUUUAAUCUUUGGACCCAUCUGGAACUUUGUUUUUUAAAUGGUGGACUUGAGUAGCAGUGUUCAGAUGCUUGAAACUUGCUAUAGAAUAGGAAGUACAAGAGCUUCUGCAAAGAGUGAAAUGGGAUUUUGUGUGUGUGUACAGGUUGUGUUACUUUAAUGGUGGCAGAUUGUAGCAAGGGAGUUGGGGGCUUCAGGGCUUCUAAACCUCUUCCCUUCCCUACCCAGAGCCCAUUCUGGGGCUGGAUUGACACAAGUAGUAGAAUGAGGAGAGGGAAUUAACUAUCCCAUUUCAGACUGCAGGAGGGGGAGAUCACAAUUUUAGAUUAAAAACAGCCUCCUCCUCGUUAGCAGAAAGCCAGUAUAGUAGGGAAGCUUUACAUGGGAGAGCUUUCAAGCAUGAUUUCCCACCUGCAGUCUAAAUGGAUGUUGUUCUUUCCAGCCCCUUUAUUGUGCUGAGUGUGUCGACUAGAUCGCGUUGCGCAAAGUGUUUGCACCCUGCCCUCUCCAGUUCUUCCCUUCUCAUUUCCCUCUGGUCCAAAGAACGAGUUCUUGGGCAGUUCUGCAAGAGGAAUUGGAAUGAUUCUUCCUUUACUCCUCACAGACUGCCUUCCUUCUGCUCCUCCACAAGGUUUUUCUUGGGGUUUUGUAAUAGCAAACAGACUCUGGCACCUGGGCCAUCCGUGGCCGCCUCCUCUCUCAGAAGGGGCGCAAGUACCUUGAUGGCGGUUGAAACUAUUGAAAUCUCAGAUCAUUCUCUUUAUGGACCAUAGAAAUUAUGGAGGGACAAAUCUAGUGCCAUUGCUCAAUAAAUCUCUUUGAAUCAUGGAAGCAGCUUACAGAAAACUUUGGCAGUUUGGAGAAAAAGCUCUCAUUGGUAAUGCUGGAAAUGGAGUUUUUUUUCUUUUAAAAAAAUAACUGCUUUUAGUUAAACUCAGAUCUCUCCGUCAAAGGGUUAAUAUUGUUCCUUGCCUCUUUGUAAGCAUGAUAAUCUACAAUUUUAAACAAAAAUGCCACAAAUAUGGAAUGGACAAGAAGAAAUGGUACAAUCUAAGCUAAAAACUUUGGGGGGGGGAACCAAAAGGAGGGUGUUUGCUGUCCUUACUAGAACGUUCUAAUAUGUUGAGGCAGUUGCUUGUGUUUAACUGUGAACAAAAUAAAAAUGUAUUGUUUUGCACUA